CCUCUCUUUCUCUUCCGUUCGCUGUCCGUGCGCUGGCAGGCGGGCCCCGCUCGCUAGGAGCUUCUUCUACCUCUGUCCGUCGUCUGUUCAUCUCUCCCGUGAAACUCAAGCACUGCCGCCUUCGUUGAUCUCCCUGCCCUAUCGUUUCUCCUCCAAAUUAAUUGCAAAAAUCGGUUCCUUGUGUAGUGGGCAUCAAUUUCCCCAACAAAUCCCACUUAAUCCCGCACUAAAUCGCCCUCAAUCGUCAAGCACUGCCGCACGUAGGGACGACGCCGCGGAGGCGGCCGGGAGGGAGCAGCGGGGCACGCGUCGAUGUGGCGGCCGAGGAGGAGAAGGACGCUGGCCACCGCGCCGCGGCGGGAUCCGGCGGGGAGGGCGUUUCUUGGCCAUGGUCGUCGAUGCCGGCGGCGGAGCAGAAGGAUAAUGAGACGGCAUCAGUAGCGACGACGAUGGAGCUAGAGGGACAUGGUCGUGGUCACAAGCGGCGGCGACUCAGCGGCCAAGCUACGACGCAGCUGGUCGAAGAAGUUGAUAAGCAGCAGGAGGAGGAGGCGCCGGCGCCGACCUGCAGCAUUUGUCUGCAACCCUGGACCUGCAACGGCGACCAUCGCAUCUGUUGCAUUCCCUGUGGACAUGUUUACGGCAGAUCGUGCCUGGAGAAGUGGCUGCUACAUGCUGUUCUUCAACGCGGCACUGGACAAGCAAAGGAGGUAGGAGAGUAUUACAACCGUGCGUACGAGGGGCUGAAAACACAAAUGGAGUCGACGAUCGCCGAAGAAGGCGCUUCGGAAUUCAUCUCAUCCUUUAUAAUAUAAUGGUACUUUUUCUUCUUUGUUCAGCAAUAACUUAAUCUUGGAAUAAAACACUCGUGAAGGAUCUGGAAGAAUUGGAUGGGCUUGUGAAAUCGGUCGGCAGGCAGUUUGAGAGCCUUGAAUCAUCUGUCAAGACAUUCCUGCUAUCAA